AUGGCCACCCCACGAAGCACCCCGAGCAUGAACGUCCCUGCGACCCAAAACACCGCACCUGUGAUCCGCUUCCGCUGCCUCUACACCUACGACAUGAGACGCAAAGCCAAGCGCUGGCAAGAUGGCUUCCUCCGAUACCACACCUUCAACAAACGCGUCAUGGUAUACGAUGUCGCCGGUAACUUUGUGGGCGACCACCACUGGCGACAGGACGAAGGGAUUCAAGACGGCGACGAACUGGAGCUGGAUAACGGGGCCCUGAUUGAAGUUUGCGAACCGGUGGAGAAGACGGAGACAGACCUGUCGGGGUUGUAUAGUAACAAAAGGAAAGGCCAAGGCUCGCCGUCUCAGCGACCAGGAGGGACGCCAACUCCUACAGCUGUCGUCUAUAAUUCCUCUACUCCCGCACGACCUUCUCUUUCCUCCCAGCAGAAACCGACCCGGUCACUGAACGAUCUCCUGGGUAUCAAGAAGACCCCAACACAGCGCGCAGGCUCGCCUCAGACGGGUACCAGACAAAACUAUACAUUGCCGGUGAAUGGGAAAGAGAACGAGCAGGUGGAUUAUCCUGCGAAACGCAAAAAGACGGAGACCCCAUCGGAGAAGGUCGCCCGUCGGCGUGAACCAGCGAGCAUCGAUUUGACCGGACCAGAGCCAGCAGCACCAGGACCGGAGAUAUCAAAGAGACGGACAGAGACAUCUUUCAUUGUAUCCUCAAGGACAAGCGACCCAAAGAACCACACUACAACUUCUACCGUCUCCCAUCUCAAACCCACAGACCGGUCCAACAAUAAACCCCAGCGAAAGCAAACCGCUCCCAAUCCUCCUCCUCCCAAACCCCAAGAACAACCCCAAGAUCCGAGCCCAGAACCAGUCCCAGAACCAGAACCACCAAAGAACAACGACCCCCCAGCCAACAUCCUCCGCCUCCCAAGCAAAACCAAGCCCUCCCGCAAGAAACUCAUGUACCACACCAUCCUAGCCCAACAGCAACAACAACAAGAACCCCAACAACAGCCACAGCCGCAGCCACAGCCGCAGCCACAGCCAGAAAACGACAAUUACGAUCCCAUAGUAGUAUCAGAUGAUGAUGAUAACCCUCCACCUUCACCCCCUCCGCAUCAGCAACACAAUACCAUCACCAUUCCUACAACAACUACACCAAGGGCAGCUCCACCCUUAAAAUCCGGAAUAGAGCGCAGAACCUCCCUUCAAAAAUCCCACUCCGACCCUACUGCCUUUAACCGCUUCAACAUGAACACGACCACGACCUUGAACAACAACGACGACGACGACAAUUGUCAUAUUCCCCCGCAACAACAUCAUAAUCACCGUCGCCGAGCUUCAGAGAGCGGUAACAGCCCUCUGAGCAGGACGGAUACAGCUGACAAUGCCAACAACCAUGAAGAUGAAUCAGAGACCGGUGGCCCGUGGACAUGGGAAGCUCAGUAUCUGUUUGACUAUUGGCCGGCUGGGCGGGCGAAGCCGACUAAGACUUGUUAG